UUGUUUUUUUGUUUGCUGAUUUAUAAUUUAAAAUUAAAAUUGAAUUUUCCGUCAAACAACAUAAAUAAGCGCCCUAAAAGAUUACAGUAAACAAAGACGGUGGAAAAAUGUCACAGCCACAGGGCAGGAUUUACAAUGAUACGACCCAAAGGAACAAUAAGUUGUGGCCCCUGAUAUCGGAAUUAUGUUCAGACCUUCAUGAAUCUAAGCCAUCACCGAUCCAUCAUCAACUGGUCAAUAACGCCAUGGAAUAUAUUACACAAUGUCCUAGCGCCUUGUCCAAGGCCAUGCCAUUUACGGAAUUAGUAGCCCUUAAGCGCAUUGCGGAUCUUUUAAAUGCCCGGGUAAUGGGCAACGAUUCGCCUCGUCCUGGCGAAUUAUUUGAGGGGCUAUAUGGAACACUGACCACAUUGGCGGUGGUUCCAUCAAUGCGCGUAACGCUGCUGAAUUUCUUUCUCUGCGUGCUGAUGAUCGAUUGCCGAAAAAAGGAAGAAGCGGCAUUGACAUUGCAAUUGUCUCCGACUUCAACAGCCACAAACGAAGAUGAUCUAACAGUUGCUCUGACCAGGUUCAAAACGGAUAAUAACAAUGGUUAUACGAAUGGAUAUCCGAAUGAAAUUUAUCGCUAUGAGCCAACACAAACGGAUAGCGUGGAUGAAUAUACAGAGGAAUUGCAUCUUGCCAACUAUCCUGAGAAUUUGGGGAAACAAAAGAAUCUCGAUGCUAUGCAUGAUGUGAUUCAGAAUGCCAUCUAUUCGUUCACAGGCGUUGAGGGUAAAUAUUUGAAGCGUGAUAUUGUUAGUGGUCGGUUCAAAUUAGAUCCAUUGAACCAGGAUCGACUAACAUCGAUUGAAUGCGGGAUGCUGGUGCGUCUUUCCGAAUUGGGUUACUAUCAUGAUCGUGUUGUCAAAUUCUCAACACUUUCGACUGGUUUCAAUGCCAUGGGUUGUAUGGGUCAAGCUUUCAUUGCACUGCUUAAGGAGGAAUUAACUCAAUUUCAUGGUCAGGUGGCACAGUUGCACGAUCAAUUGCAUAAUGUUAGGCGAAAGCAAAUGAUUGCUUAUAUGAACCAUCAGGUGCAGGACUAUCGCCAACAGCAGGGUGAACUGACGCUAAUGAAACUGCUAACAUGGCAAAUGGAGCCAUUGCAUCGCAUGCAGUGGUUGACCAAAAUUGCCGAUGCUUGCCAAAUGAAAAAGGGUGGCGAAUUGGCAUCAGUUGUAUACGAAUAUCUCGAUAAUGGCAAUCCAAUGGUUAAUCGCUUAGCCCACGAACUUCUCACAGCCAUUUGUGGGCCAUUAGUGCGCAUGAUCUCCAAGUGGAUGCUGGAAGGUGGCAUUUGUGAUCCAUGUGGUGAGUUCUUUGUAGAGUCACUGGAUGAAGUUGGUGCCGAUCGGCUGUGGCAUGAUAAAUUUCGGUUGCGUUUGCAUAUGCUACCUAAAUUCAUACCAAUCGAGUUAGCCCAAAAGAUAUUAAAGACAGGCAAAGGUAUUAAUUUUCUGCGUGAAGUAUGCGAAAUGGACGAAAUGGUCAAAGGGCGAGAUAAAUUGAAGAAGAUCAUCGAUAACCAGGUUUCGGACAUAUUUUCGUGUGUACAGGAUUCUAGUUGGCAUGCGGCCAUUGAAACAUCCUAUCAGCAAACUUCAAAACAUGUUUUGGAUAUAAUGCUGGGUCCGCAUAAACUGCUCGAUCAUCUUCAUGGCAUGCGACGCUAUUUGUUAUUGGGUCAGGGUGAUUUUGUUAAUAUCUUGAUCGAGAAUAUGAAAGAGGAGCUGGAGCGUUUGGGCACUGAGAUCUAUGCUCAUGAUUUAUCAGCCAUGUUGGAUGCGGCCCUACGUUGCACAAAUGCCCAAUACGAUGACCCGGAGAUACUCAAUCAUCUAGAUAUCGUUGUUCAGACCCCAUAUCCUGGCGAUUACGGCUGGGAUAUUAUUUCAUUACAGUAUACGGUGGAGGGGCCAUUGGCCACAAUGCUGGAACCAACAAUGCCCACAUAUAAGGCCCUAUUCAAGCCUUUGUGGCGUAUGAAGCAUAUGGAAUUCUUGUUAUCUAUGAAAAUUUGGAAGGAACAAAUGGCCAAUGCAAAGGCCCUUCGCUCGAUGCAUGAUGAAAUUGGCAAGGCAUGUUAUCGCCUCCACUUGUUUACAUCAGAGACAAUGCAUUUUGUGCAUCAAAUUCAGUAUUAUGUACUCUUUGAGGUGAUCGAAUGCAAUUGGGUGGAAUUGCAGAAACGAAUGCAGCAGGCCACUGCUCUUGAUGACAUACUGGAGGCGCACGAGAAAUUCCUAAGUACAAUUACAGUAGGCUGUUUUGUAAAUACAAUGACCGAUAUGGAGCGACAUCUGGACACCGUGUAUGAUAACAUAAUUUGCCUAGAUUCCUGGCAAUCCUCAUUCUAUCGCGAAUGCUUUAAGGAAUUGGAGGCACGCGAGAAGGUGCGCAAACGCGUUGCUGAGUCCGAGCUAACCGGCGGCUACGGUUUGACCAGCGAACAAAAAAUAGAACGGGAUCACGAGCUUAAAAUGUUUGAACAACGCGUGAUUAGUGCAUGCCGAAAUCUAGAUGAAAUAGCCACUGCAUAUGAGAAGGCAGUAAGCGGAUUUUUGUUAGCAUUGAAUUCAGACAAUGAUCCCAAUUUACAAUUGUUUGGUACUCGGUUGGAUUUUAAUGAAUAUUACAAGAAGCGGGACACAAGCCUUAGUAAACCUUUAACGUUCGAGCACCAGAGGAUGAGCAAUUUGUUUUCUAUCAAUAGUAAAAGUUUUAUUGGAGCUCGUUCUACAAUUAAUCCUCAAAUUUCCCUAGCUUUACUUAACAGCAAUAAUAGCCCCAAUAUCAUCAAGAAAGAAUAAGCAAUCUCAUUAGCAAUUUUGUCCCAGUGCCAACCAAUACUAAUAAUUAUUGUCAUCAAAAAUAUGGUUAAACCUCAAAUUAGUGUGAGAUUAGAACUCUGUACUUUCCAUUUUUUGUUUUUUUUUUUUUUACCUAAAAAAACUAAAAUUUGUACUCACUAGUUACCAGGUGAUCCUCCAACGAAAGUGAAUUUGUAUUUUAAAUCUGAACAAGUUUGUUUUUUCGUAGAAUAAUUGUCAAUUAUGUUUUAUUGGAAUCAGUGCCCUGUUAAAUAGAUCCUUUAAUUGUUCGAACAUAAAGAAAAAACCAAAUUAAAACUGAAAUCUUCAAAAGUAUUGUGAAUAUUGCCCAUUUUAAAAACGCCUUAAAUCUUUGAAAUAAAUGCAAAAUGGGUAAAAAAUUAAACAA